GUCAUAGCCUUCAGUAUAUUCGCAAGAAACGCAAGGGAAGCAUCGAGAGGUUAACGGAGCGAAGUGCUAAGCAGUUGACGUUAAUCAGUGUUUUAGUAAAAGAAUAAUAGUAUACGAAAAAGUAUGGCAAGAAUGUCUCUGAUUCCAAGAUUGUUCUCUCACUGGUGGGAAGCCCUGGAACGUCCACAUCGGCUACUGGAUCAGCAUUUCGGCACAGGACUUACUCCCGAUCAGCUGUUUCAUCCAUCAGUUUUGGAAAGAAGAUAUCCUUUCGUCUACGAGAGACCCUGGGCUGAUCUCUUCCGUCAGGGUGAGGGUGGCUGGUCCGUGAUCAAAGCUGACAAGGAUAAAUUUCAUAUUGCCCUGGACGUCCAGCAGUUCAAACCUGACGAGGUGAAGGUCAAAGUGGUUGACAAGUUCGUCGUUGUCGAGGGAAAACAUGAAGAGAAGCAAGACGAACACGGCAUCAUCUCCAGACAGUUUGUACGCAAGUAUAUGGUACCUGAGCAGUGCGAUGCCGAUCAGGUGACAAGCACUUUGUCCUCGGAUGGAGUCCUGACUAUCACGGCACCCAAGAAGCCAGGGGCUCUGGAAGAAAAAGCUGAAAAGGUGAUAAAAAUCGAGCACACGGGAAAACCUGCCAUCGAAGAAAAUGCCGUGGGAAAUGCUACGACGAAGUAAACUUUGUGUAACGCUAUUCAUUGUUUAUUAUAAUUCUGUUACAUCAUAUGUAUCAUAAAACAUCAUUUAUGUAUUUUAUGUCCUUUGCCAAAGAUGGAAUCUGUCAUUUGGCUGUAUUAAUAAUUUCCUUGUAAUGAAUAGAUUUUGUUAAUAAAAUAUAUUUAGAAAACA